UCCUGACAGCAGCCCCAGCGCACAGGAUGCCCCACAAGAUCGGAUUCGUCGUCGUCAGCUCAUCUGGGCACGAGGACGGCUUCAGCGCCCGGGAACUAAUGAUCCACGCUCCGACCGUCCGCGGGUGGAGGUCGCCAAGAAAUGUGCAAAUACGAGAGAGGAGGAGGAAGACAGAGACCCCCGCCCAGGUGUCGAAGCGCGUGCCCCGCUGUCCGCCCCGGCUCACGCCGGUGUCUGUUCUGAGCUGCGGUUUGGGUUUGCAGCCCUGUGUAGGUGGGAGGGGCUGCACUGACCGCACUUCCCCAGCUGAGCCUGCGCUGUGCCCUCGCAGCUACGUCUCCCUCUGCGACAAUGAGAAGACGGGCUGCAGAGCGCGGGAGCUGAAGUCGGUCUAUGUGGACACCGAGGGGCAGUUUCUGAAACUCGUUUUUCACCAAAAUCACGCCAACAAGUACAAUGUCUACAAUCAGGUCGCCCUGGUUGCCAUGAACAUCAUCGGGGACCCCGUGGGCGGCAGCGAUGAGAGCACCAUUGCCUCGAGGGAGAAGCUGAUUGACCACUACCUGGGGCAGCGCACGGAGGACCCCGCCCUGGAAGGAACCUGCUCUGGGAAGUCUGACCACAUCUCCCCACUGGACGACUUAGCUUUCGAUAUGUACCAGGACCCGGAAGUCGCGCAGAUUAUCCGCAAGUUGGACGAGAGGAAGCGCGAAGCCGUGCAGCAGGAGCGCUACGACUACGCCAAGAAGCUGAAGCAGGCGAUCGCGGACUUGCAGAAGGUCGGGGAGCGGCUGGGGCGCUACGAGGUGGAGAAGCGCUGCGCCGUGGAGAAGGAGGACUACGACCUGGCCAAGCACAAGAAGCGGCAGAUGGAGCAGUACCGCGCCCAGGUGUACGCGCAGCUGGAGCUGCACAGCCUGGUGGACAUGGAGCCGGUGCCAAGGCCGAUGGAUUUACCGCUCCAGCCCCUCGUUCACUCCAGCAGUUCCUGCCACCUGCCGCCAGCACUGCCACCACCUCAGGACGACAGUGUGACAGAAAACCAGCGUGCAGAGCCCGUCCCUCUGGAGCAGCCCUCGUCCCACUCCCUGGACGUUUCUCUUCAGCGCUCUCCCUCGGACCAGCCGCUGUCCCCCUCGCACCCUUCCCACAAGGCCCACGUAGGUACCUCAGUCCCGUGGCGAGAGCCCACGCCUGCGAGGAGGCGGCAGCCCGGGACGGCCGUGGAGCCGGAGAAGAGGGACCUGGACGCCAGCGAGGCUCCCCGAGCGGGUGCUGCGGGCGAGCCCGAGCCCCUAACAGAGAAGGCCCUGCGGGAAGCCAGCUCUGCCAUCGAAGUGCUGGGGGAAGCCCUGGUGGCUCAGGCCUAUUCCAAGACGUGGUCGUUCCGGGAAGACGCGCUGCUCACCCUGCACCAGCAGCUGGUGGACACGCCGGUCGGAACCCCGAAGGAGGACCUGAAGGGCUUGCUGCGCGCGGCCGUCUUUCUCAUCCGGAAGUCCAUCCGGGACAUCGUUACCCCGGUCUUCCAGGCUUCGCUGAAGGUGCUGAAGAUGCUCCUCACCCAGUACAUCCCCAAGCACAAGCUGAGCAAGCUCGAGACGACGCACUGUGUGGAGAGGACCGUUCCCGUGCUGCUCGCCAGGACCGGAGACUCCUCUGCUCGCCUGCGGGUCAUGGCUUCCAACUUCAUCCAGGAGAUGGCCCUGUGUAAGGAAGUGAAGUCUCUCCAGAUGGUCCCGUCCUACCUGGUGCAGCCCCUGAAGGCCAACGCGUCGGCGCACCUGGCCCUGAGCCAGGUGGCCCUCCUGUCCCGGCUGCUGAGAGACCUGGGCACCGACAGCACGGGCUUCACCGUGGAGAACGUGAUGAAGUUCGCAGUGCGCGCCCUGCAGCACCGGGUGUUGCAGGUGCGGGAGAUGGCGGUCUGCGUGAUCCUGGACCUGUACCGGCAGCACCGCUCCGUCGUGCUCGAGUACCUGCCCCCUGACGACAGCAUCUCGCGCAAGAACAUCCUCUUCAAAACCAUUUUCGAGGGGUUUGCUGAAAUCGACGGCAGACCCACGGAUGCUGAGAUCAGGGCACAGAAAAGAGCAGCCACAGAAGAAGCAGAGAAACAGAAGAAAGAAGAAAUUAAAGCUCUACAGGGGCAGCUGGCAGCCCUGAAGGAAAUGCAGGCCGGGGCCCAGGUGGGCGGGUGCUGGCGACGGGAAAAAGGAAGCGAGGCUGCCAAGGCGAAGAGUCCAGACCCUGACGGACGGAGCGCGGCCCCUUGCAGUCCCCCCGAAGCCUCCGAGAAUCCGGGCCUGGACAACCUGUGCAUCUUCUGCGGGGAGCGGAGCUCGGCCUUCACGGAGGAGGGCCUGGACCUGCACUACUGGAAGCACUGCCUCAUGCUGACCCGCUGCGGCUACUGCAGACAGGUGGUGGAGAUCGCCAGCCUGACGGACCACCUGCUGACGGAGUGCGACAAGAGGGACGGGUUCGGGAGGUGCUGCCGCUGCAGCGAGGCUGUCCCCAAGGAGGAGCUGCCCAGGCACGUCGCGUCCAAGGACUGCCACCCUGCCAAACCAGAGAAGCUGGCCAACCGGUGCCCUCUGUGCCACGAGAACUUCGCCCCUGGAGAGGAGGCAUGGAAAGUCCACCUGAUGGGCCCCGUGGGCUGCACGAUGAACCUGCGCAGGACGUGCCUGCUGUUCAAGGCUCCAGCUCCACUGCAGGGCAAAGGCCCAGACACGGCCAAGCCAGGGACCUCGGGGCUGAAGGCUGGAAGCAAGAUCCCCACCCCCAAGGGGGGCCUGAGCAGGUGCUCUGGCAGGACCUACAGGAAGCGAUGACCCGACGGGACCAGGCCCCUUGGUGCGAGCGGGCCGAGCCAGUUCCCGAUCGUGCACACGUCUCCUAACAGCCAUCUGCGGCCGGCGGCCAU